GCUUUUCAUGCAGUCUUACAUCGCUGCAAAACAAAAACUAUUAGUUGAUCAGAAUAUAAUUGUCAUUAAUGGAGCACCUUCCAUUGUGCCUGAUAAAAGGACCGACAGGCGUAACAGUGCCAAAAUGGUUCCACUCAUUACCCCAGAGUCCCGAUGUGAAUUAUGCAAGUAUUGUAUCUGUUGAUGACGCAUAUCAAACUGAAUGGUGACACUUGGUAGUAUUUUAUAUUGGGGGGGGGACUAUUCUCUUUACGGCAGAGCAAUAAAGGCAGAUGAAUGGUGAAUGACUACAGUACGCCACUGUCUUGAAGUUGAAUUUAAAUUGCUAUUAUUGUCACUUACAUUUUGGGACGCAGCGGUACAUUUGACAUUACACUAAAUUGUGUUACCAAUGCUAUAAUAGCCAUUCGCAUUUGUGAUUCUCCAAAGUGGAAGGUUUCAUUGAUAGCACACUGAAUCAAGCAAUUAAAACCAUAUUCCUUUACAGUGGUGCCUUGAGAUACAAAUUGACCUGACUUACCAGUUUUUCAAGAUACGAGCCUUCAAUCCGACAAUUAUCCGCUUUGACCUUCGGGUGCAAACUUGAGAUAUGAUCACUGUCUAGUGGCAGGUGACUCACAUAAUGGCCAAUGUGAAUAUGCAAAUUCAUGAAUACCAAACAAUGCUUAGCAGGGGUUCACGGUAAAUACUAUGGGUGACAUUUUUGUUUGGUGGUGUGCCGUGAAGUAUUUCUACUGUAAAACCUAUGCCUUUUCUAAUAAAGAUUAGGAAAUGUAAAAAAAAAAAAAAAUUAGAAAGCACGUGUUAUCAGUAGCUUGGAACCUCAUGAGUUCACAACUUAUCUCAGCCUGUGAUGUGCAAGCAAAUCUUGGCAGCUUUUGCGUGUAUCUUUGGACUUAGUUGUGUUUUCACUGUGCUUGCUCAGCUCUGGAGCUACGGGGGGACGCGGACACGAGGCCCAAGUCCGGCGAGGGCUGUCCCGUGUGCGGAGAUAAAAUAUCGGGGUACCACUACGGCCUGCUCACCUGUGAGAGCUGGUUUUUUCAAACGCUCCGUGCAGAACAACAAACACUACACUUGCACAGAGGGACAAAGCUGCCCAAUGAACGUCUCCCAGAGGAAGCGCUGCCCGUUCUGUCGCUUUCAGAAGUGUCUGGCGGUGGGGAUGAAGAAAGAAGCAGUGAGAGCGAACCGCAUGCGAGGCGGCAGGAACAAGUUUGGGCCUUUCUACAGGCAGAUGAAAGAACAAAAAGUGCACCCCGAGACCAACGCCGCCCCCUAUAGGAUCAAAAUGGAAACAAUGCAAACACUCUGGCCUGCAGCCGCUAACGACUGUUCACUCAUGUGUAACCACACGAGUGCUCCCAUGUCUCCGGAUGCUUUCCAUCAGUCGCAAAUGUAUCCCUCCGGAAUGACUCCCUUGCCUUUAGACUGCACUAUGAGCGACGAUAGGGUAGUCCCUCCUCUGCCUCUUUCCUACGCCGGAACGCAUGAACAGACUUUCCCCGGUUACCUCCCGGACGAACUACAAACACCUCUGAACUACAGCCCGGCUCCUUCACACUACUCCAUGCACAGGACCCCAAGCAGCACAUACAUGUUACAAACCCCCUCGACAUCUCCGUGCUCAAGCGUCCCGCCCGCCCCGCCGCCACUGCAGCCCCCAGGCAUGGUCGGCUCCCUGGCCGCCUGCAGUGCCCACUCCGCCUUUCUUGCUCAGCUUCUGGAAGGGGAGCAGGACGAGAGUCAGCUGUGCGCCAAGGUGGUGGCGAGUCUGCAGAGGGAGCAGGCCAACCGGGGCAAGCACGACUGCCUCAACACGUUCAGUAUCAUGUGCAAAAUGGUGGACCAAACUCUGUUUGGCUUGGUGGAGUGGGCCAGGAACAGUGCGCUCUUCAAGGAGCUCAAGGUGGAGGACCAGAUGGUUCUCCUGCAGAGUUGCUGGAGUGAGCUGCUGGUUUUGGACCAUCUCUGCAGACAGGUCAUCUAUGGAAAAGAAGGUUGCAUAUAUCUGGUCAUGGGACAGCAGAUUGAGAUGUCAACAAUCAUCUCUCAGGCAGGACCCACACUCAGCAGUUUGGUCACCAGGACACAGGAUUUGGUGUCCAAACUGAAGGCACUCCACUUUGACAGGCACGAGUUUGUCUGUCUCAAAUAUCUGGUGCUUUUUAACCCCGAUGUAAAGUCUGUGCAGAGUCGACAGCAGGUGGAGCACACGCAGGAAAGGGUGAACCGGGCGCUCAUGGAACACACCCAGCGGACUCACCCAGGACACUCAGACAAAUUUGGACAGUUGCUGCUGCGGCUGCCCGAAGUACGCAGCAUCAGCCUGCAGGUGGAAGAGUAUUUGUACCAGCGCCACCUGUUGGGCGAUUUGCCCUGUAACUCUCUCCUCACUGAGAUGCUGCACACCAAACACAGCUGAGAUCAACAUUAAGUUUUUAAAUCGUGCCAACUUCACAUGACGGGCCCCCCACCACCACCACCAACACACACCCACACACACUUUGUUUACACGGUAACCACCUCAACCUGCUGCUGUGAUGUAAAAUAAAUAAAACGCCAACAUGCUGAUGAAACAACAAAAGGUGACAAUGAUUUUUAAAAUGAUUUUUAUUCUGGUCUAGAUGCCAAGGACAGUCGAUGAAUGAAAUAAGCACACGUACUGGCACAGAUUUCAUGACGGAAAAACAAAAACGCGUGUCAUGACACCUUAAGGAGAGGGGGCGUGGGGG